CAGUAACUAUCAAGGCAAGCUAGUAGACAUAUUGGCACUGCGGAAUGGAUACUGCACUACGCGCCAGCCGAGCAUGGAGCAACCAGGCUCGAUAGCAGAAUCACUAAAUACGACAACAACGUCGGACAAUACGACAACAAAGUCAGUCAAUACGACAACAAAAGCCAGCGGUCCAACAUUGCAGACGAAGGGCAAGUCGAAAAACACGAUAACGGGAGAGGUGGUUUGGAAUACGAUCACCAAACGAAGUCCCGCGAAAGAUGAGCCAUAUCCGACAGAAGAUGGGCAAAAUCAGAAAAGCGAGCAAAGGGAAAGAGAGGGGCAGAGUGGCCCGUUGGCGGAGUUUCAGCGAACGGUGCAACAGCAACUGUGCAUGCAGCACUGUGCCAUUACACCACACGACGUCGCAUUGUUCUCGAUGGCAUGCCCUGGUCCAGGUGUGGUGAGUUUGUAUGAGAAACAGUUAGCAGGCGAGGAUGCAACCCGCCCCAAAAUGCGUGAACACGCCAGUGGAAGCGCACGCACUGAAGGGUAUUACACGUACUCGCGCAAGGAAAAGCAGGCCAACAUGGACCUUAUUCAUAUCCCUAAGAUGCGCGAAGCCGCCCGCAGAGCUAAUGCAGCACCGGGGUCGGUCAAAGGUUCACAGCGAGCACACCGUGCCAAGUCAAGGAACCACACGACGUUUGGGGAAGAGGCGAGCACGCAGCAGAUCAACGAUUUGGGCAAACGACACAAACGACUUAAAUUCGCAAAGUCACUAAUUCACAGUCAGGGCCUAUAUGCACUGGAGAACAUCCCGGCCAAUGACUUCGUGAUAGAGUAUCUGGGCGAAGUAGUGCGUGCACAAGUGGCGGAAACACGCGAGAAAGAGUACGAACGUAACGGUAUGGGAAGCAGUUAUCUGUUCCGAAUAGACGAUCAGAAUGUCAUCGACGCCACCACGCAGGGCAACAUGUCACGGUUCAUCAACCACCGCUGCGAUCCCAACUGUGUGGCAAAGAUCAUCAAAGUCACGGGACAGCAACGAAUCGCCAUCUACGCCAAGGACAACAUCGCAGUAGGGGAGGAGAUCACCUACAACUACAACUUCCCGGAGGAGGUAUAUGUGUAG